AUGCCGAAUACAUCGACCAAUACAACAACUGCAAAAACAACAAAUGCGACGUCGCUUGUUGUCACAGCGAAUCCGCGGACGCCCGAGAAAACUAAGGACAAAGCGCCCGCAAAGGCCACCAAGCGAAUCCCUGAACCUUCAACCCGCAAAAGAGCUCUGGCGAUCAUUCGUCAACCGGUACAGUCUUACGAUGAUAUGUCGCUGUGCUAUUUCGUCCGUCGCUUCGUAUCGCCAGACGAAGGCGACGGGUUCCCAGGCCACUUCAGCUUCCUCCCGAGUCUCUUUAACCAUCACAAAGAUGGAGGAUUGGUCGAGACAGCGACUCUCAGUGUAGCGCAGCUGGCUGCGUUCAAUCAUCUGGGUAAUGAAGAGCUUCGGACGCGAUCUUUGAGGAACUACGGGCGGGUGAUCAAGGGAUUACAGCAGAGUAUACAGUCUGAUGCCCAGGCGCUUGACGAUAGUGUCAUUGCGACAAUCUUGCUGCUGUGCACGUACAAGGACUUUAGUGGUGAGGGUUUGGGAGAUCCGAAUGAACAUGCAUCAGGUUUGUUUUACUUGUUAGAGAGACGAGGACCAAGUCAAAUCGGUACGAGACGAGGAGCAGAGCUAUUUCUACUUGCUCUGUUGCGCCUGCAAAUCUACUCCUUCCUACACGGCGAUGAUACAUACACCGACCCUGGAGCCAUUGCCACAGUAAUUGGUAUCUUUGACCCGCUUCUCCGCGCUCUAGCAAUGAUGUCCAGGACACUGUCCCUGCGCCAUCGUUUGUUCCAAUUUGUAGAGUCCGAGUCAUUUCAACAGGGCGGCAGUCCAUCCGCUUCGUCUGAAGACAGUAAAAGCGCUGAGGAAGAAAGGCUUCUCCUGCAAGAAUGCUUCGACAUGCUGGACAGCUUCCACGCAUGGGACUGUGAGGCUGCAACAUACUGGCAGAAUACCUUCGAAGGCCGCGGUGUCCCCACCAUGCUCGGAGAAAUGGGUGCUGGUAACAUGCACUACGACGCCGAGACAGCAUGCAUCAUGAUCCUCGUCCGCUCAGCGCGUCUCAUUCUACUGCAGAGUAUGCUCCUCUACCAGUCAACUCUCCAGCCAGAAGAGGAAGAUCAAGAAGAUGAGUCCAGUAGCUACCAGGCCAUGUGGGCGCAAUGCGUCCCCAUCCUGGAGUGUGACGUGCGUAAAUGUGUCGACGACAUGCUCGCCAGCGUGCCGUAUGCACUCGGUGACAUUGACUCCAACGGUAUGCCCUCGAGUAUGAUGUACGACGGAGCCGCUGCCAUCAUGAUAGUGCAUUCGAUCAGGCUUGUCACGCACUGCGUUUACAUUACGCCUGCGCAAGGGGAGAGAGCAGGUAUCAUAUUGACCAGGUUAAACUCUGCGAUCGGUAUCAGGUCUGCUGUUGGAUGGUUGGAGGAGGAUGCCUGCGAGCCAGAAGGUACGAACAAACUCUGGGCAGCUUCACCGAAGUUGCUGGAGUCUAGGCUGUUGGAAUGUCGACUGGAUGGUUUGGGAGUGUCUCCGGAUCCGACUUUGCUUUCUUCUUGA